AUCUGGGUCCUUUGUAGCUAUCCCAUAAGAUGAACUCUCUAAUUCACCUCAGCCAAAAUCCUCUGAGUGUGGCUCCAGAGCGCCUCUCCUCUGCAAGCAGAGUUCAUGUCAGCUUAAGCCAUGGCUCUCUCAGUGUUUCCCAGUGGUGCAAACAAAGCCCCUUGGUUUCACGUCCAUUAUACGUGAAGUGCUCGCUCGACAGAUGUUCAGAGGGGACGAAGAUGAAAGAGGAGAAUGGGAAGAAGAACAACAUAUUGAGAGGAGUGGGAAGAGCUUCUCUAGUGCUGGCUUGUGUUCUUGGGGCCUUCACUCUCAGUGGCAUUAAGAUGAACCCCAAGCCCAAUAUAGCCUAUGCCGCUUGGUAUCAAGAUCGAAGCCGAAGUUCUGUAGGCAGCCCGAAGAAGAGCUUUUUGAAAACAGAUCGUCCUGACGUCAAUGAGAUUGAAGGCCUCAAGUUGUACGCAAUGGCUCUAUCAAUGAACGAGGAUUAUGAAGACGUAGCGGUAAAAAUGUUGAGCGAUGAAUGUGAAGGGUUUAAGGAUAGCGAGAUGUCAGGUGCACUCACGGUCGCGCUCAUUGAAUUGCUUUUGUAUCAGAAGAAAUAUGCAGACGCGAAGCAAAAGAUUGAGGAGCUGCUAGCCGAUAUUAAGCGGAAAGGCGGUUCCGAUGUGCCAAAGGAAAAACUUUAUCUCCUCAAGGCUAUUGCAGAAUCCAAUAUGAAAGGUGACCAGGCAGAGGCAGAGGCGAAUAAAUCCUGGGAACUUUACCUGAAAAAGUUGAGCUCAUCUCCUUAUGCGGUCAAAAGAUAAAAAGUCCCCUGCCAAUUUUCGGGAACACUGAUCUUCGAUGCACCUAAAAUCCAAAACAGCAUCAUAUUUCUGCUUUUUGCAAUCUGAUUUAUUCAUAUGA